AUGUCUUUCCUUCAUGGUGUUCUCCAGACUGUAAAAGAUGAUGAAAACGUUACAACAUAUGAUAUUAGUAGUGAUCCCAAGAAAUUAAUCAAGAAUCUUCCUGCUUCAAUCAGUAAGUUGAUGCAUAAAGGUUCUAAUGAUUUUCAGAAUGCCAUCACACAAGUCUCCGAUGCGCUGCGGGCGUGGAGCGGUGAGCUCGAAGAGCGGAAGAAAGCAUUUCAAGAUGCACUUAGCACACUUAGAGAUCAUGAUUUUGAUAAUUUUAAUAAGUCACUUAGCGAACUUAGUAGAUGUAGUGGUAGCGAUGUGGCCGCCAAAUUGGAGGCCUGUAUUAAUAUUGCGUCAUACAUGCUUGAUGUUCCUAUGCGCAUAGAAAAUUGCUUGUACGACCUCGAUCCUGGGCUCCAAAAAGAGCUCAAAGAUCACGUAAAUCGCGUGCGGUCGGAGGUAGAGAGGGUUUUUGCCGCUGCCAGCAAUGACCCUCUGAAGGCCGUCGUCGAGACGACCAAGGAGGAGUUGGAGGGUCUCGAAAGGAAGCUUAUUCUAGAAGUGGAGAGCCGUCUUGCACAUCUUGGCAGGAAACUGAAAACGACAUUUGAUGCUACCAUUCAACAGCCUAUUAUUGCUGUUAAACAGAGGCUGGGAACUAUUAAUGAAGACUUGAAGAAAUGGAGUAAUGAAGUCAGGAAAGUGAUAAUCGAGGCGAUCAGUAGGGCGCAGAAUGUCUGUUUAAAGUUGCAUGAGAAUAUGGCAGGUGGUAAAAAAACGGAGGUUGGUCAAGGAAUUGAGAAAAUUAUUACAGCUAAGGAUGCUAUUUUUAGAGUUGAUGAAUCCCUUAAAAGACUAAUUGACAGCGAUUUGAAUAAUUGGAUUGAUAACGCUGAGCAAAUCAUACGGAAUGCAUUGCAAAAUGUUAGUAAGAUUCUCGAGCAGGUUGAAGAAGAUAAUGCAGAAAAAAUCACUCAAGCAAUUAGUACCAUGAAGCAACGAACCCAAAACCAUUUUGUCAACUUGAAGAAAGAAGAACUUAAAGGCAUAGCCUUUAAGGCCAGUGACUAUCUUAACAAGCUGGCCAACGCUGUUGAGACGUUGUUGGAUAAUAGAUUCAAGCAGGCAUGUGAGAAAUAUAAAUUGUGGAUCAGCAGUUCUACAACGGGUGGCCAUGCCAUGAUUCCCACCGAUUUACAGGAGUCUCUUCAGUCUCUAACCUCACUGUCGACUGCUAUUCAGCAGGCUGCGCAGAAUAUUAAUACUCGAAAUGGCUUGAGAGGUUCACAGCCAUACAACUAUUUACUUACUCAGUCAGCAGAGGCACAGUUACAAGCAUCAUUAGAUGCGUUGCGCAGAUCACAAUCGCUGAAUCCACAGUUACAGAACAUUCUUCAGCGACGUCCAAACCAGCCAGCUCACACUGCGGAACAGGUUGCCCAAAAUCUCGAAGCCCUCACCGCUCUUGCUUCUAAUAUAAGAGAAGCUAUGAACAACGCUGUCAGCGUUCUGAAUGAACAGAAUCAGGCUGGUGAGCGGAGCGCCGAAAAUAUACGUGCUGAUUGUGAUGAAGCAGGAAUACAUGCGCUAACCCAUCCACUUAAUGAGGCUUUGUUGACUGCUUCACAAUUUGCUGGGCAACUUGAGAGGCAGUUAAGUCAGCAUAGCCGGCUGAGGGUACCGGCUAGUAUCCAAGCCGCUGUUCGAAAAAUAUCCGAAUUUCAGCGAAGCGUUAUACAGUUUAAUGCAAAUUUCACUCAGGGAAAGACGUUUUUGAACGAGUUCGAUACAGGCAUAAUGACGCCAUUCAACAGCCUUGUCGGAGCUGUUAAGACGCAAGCAAAUAACCCAAACGGGCUUCAUAAAGGUCUUCAGCAAUAUUUAAAAGAUCGAUUACAAGAGACGUAUUUCAAAAUUCAUGAUCCCCGGACUUUAGAAGAAAAUAGUGAAAGUAUUAAAAAACACAGGAACGCCCUUAAUACUCAGAAUGGUCUGCUGUCUCCCCAACCCAACGCAAUAAGCACUGCCGUUCAAUCAAUUCGGGAGCAAAUUAAGUGCCUUCGAGAGAAGUUGAAUGGCAAUUGUAUAGACCAAAUUAAAGAUCUGCUGGAACAUGGUAUAUACGGCGACGACGAGUGGAAAGGUAGAAAAGAAAACAUCGGCAGUCUACAGACUAUUUACAACAAAAUUUAUGGUAUAAUUAAUGAGGACCUCACGGCAAUCGUCGAAGCUGCCAACCACUUCCUGACUCAGACUAUCCCAACAAACUCUCAGGAGGCCAUGAAUAAAAUUAUCGAGGAAGUCACCACCCAGGUCAACGACAAAAUUGCCGACAUCCAAGACGAAGCCAAAAAUCAGUAUCACGGCAAAAUUCAUCCCAUGUUCGAGUCGAUGAAAACAAAAGUGUCCGCCCAUGUUAGAGACAUAAAUAACUCCAUAGAUGACGAUUUGAAGAGCGGAGUAAAAGGCCUUUUGAGGCAGCUGAUGGAUCAUGCCAAUACAGGUACUAAAAGCCGGAAUAACAAGCUGGAUAAAUUAAAACAAUAUACGAACCCAAAAGAUCACGAAAGCGUCAAGAACCUGUCAAAUGAUUUACGAGAAUACUUGAGACCAAUUAUGCAACACGUCGAAGAUGAAGUAAAGACUCCGGGUACGCCGGGCGCAAAAGGCCCGGCCUCAGAGAAGCAGGAAAAUAACGUGUCUAGAAAGGUCAAUGAGAUUCAUGGGCACGUUGGCAAAUUGCUCGGUCACCUGAAGAAAAACGGAAAAAGGAAAUACAAUUACGAUCACGACUUUGUCAAAUUGUUCCAAGAGCUCAAGACGUCCGUCAGCAGUCUGUCGCCCUCAAAGUUCGACGGCCAUAGCAAUGCUCUCCUAUCAGAUGCCAUUAGCGCCGGCAUGAAUGGGUUCAACAACGAGCUAGAUAAGGCGUACGUGAAUGCGUACGCGGGGAAGGAGAUUAAAGAAUGGGAAGAAGCAGACGGCGACGGCCGUAAGGCCUCCAAAAUCCUGGUCACCAUCAUGAGAAUACUGGAUGAAGCUUUGUCACUGUUGAAGCACGAAUGCGAACGUAGCUGGAAGCAGCAAAAGAUUUGCCUUGUUUCCAAGCCUAAUAUACACAAUCACCUGGGACAGUUUCUGCGUAAGUGCGGAUACGAAGUGACCAAGAAAGAGGAGUCGCAAAACGGCGAACUGCAGUGCUCCGCCAAGAUGAUUGGUAGGAAAAUUGUCGAUAGAUUUGCUAUCACAACCGUGUCCACAUCUCUCAGCCGUCCUCUACUGGGCAUUAUUAAAACGCUUAUUGACCACAUUAAUGAUUAUUAUGACACUUGCCACCUAGCGACUUCAGAUGCAAAACAAUACCCGUCGUCAGUGUUCGAAAUGCUACGCUGGCUGUCUGGUUUCAGGCAUAAUUCCGUAUACAAACAGUUAUCAUUCAAUGGCUUCCAGCAGGUGUUAGAGGCAUACAAGGAGAAAGAUGAGGAGGAAAAUAAGGCAGACGAUGAGGAGGGUCCCUCUGUUAUUAACCUCGACGAUCUGUCUUUGCCAGCCUAUCCACAUCCAAUAGCAGUGUCAAAUCUAUCAGAUGCCCUCACAGAUGUAUGUAACCACUCCCGCGCUGUCCUCGUCGGCAUCCUUGGACACGGCCACGCAGGUGGAAUAUAUGCCUGUGAGUUCGAUACUAAUUCAGCCGGCCUGUCAUAUCCGACUAACAUGGACAUUUUACUGUGCAUGAUAUGCGAUGUCAUCAACCGCCUGUACCGUCAGCUCCACUUCUUGUUGCAGCAGUGUAGGUACGACAGUAGCGUCAGCGGCUGGGCGGAGUGUUGGUACGGUAAUGGAGUCGGUGGGUCAGCAUGGAAGUGUAACUCCAUGCAGUGUCCUGGCCAAGAUGCUAACCAAAUAGCUAAGCAAAACACUAACCAAACACAUAAGCAAACAUGUAACCAAAAGUGUGAGCAACGUGUUAUGUGCGGUGUCAAAUCUCCACUCCAGUCCUUUUUAGAGGACGGCCUUCAGGGCUUCCUUCCUCACAGCCUCAAGUCUGAGAGAGGCAAACUUGAGUGUUCACUUAAAAGCCAUGCCGGCGUGCCGUGCAUAACGCCUAUGGGCUUUGCAGGAAUCGCCGGAUUAGCGUCACAUAGGCGAACAGGGCAAUUCCUCAUGGAAGUCCUUGGUGACUUCUGCGGUAAUCAAAAGUCUCCGCUCACUAAGAUAUGCAGCCUGUUCAACUGCGUUCUCCCCAGUCCGCCGAAAUCGCUGAGUGAUAUGUUCGGCUUCUACUACAGUUUGCUUAGUGAAUGGAAUAAGAACGGCAAGGACAAAAAUCGUGUGCAGCACAGGGAGACGGCGUUUACCAAAGCGGUUAGCGGCGCCGAUUUCGAUAAUCCUGAUACCAAGCUGGACAUCACUGGUAUGUUCAAGAGCAGGAAUCAUGGUAUUCCGAAGCCCGCCGAUCAGACUAGUACACAUCUCACCGGUGAUCUGUAUGCUCUUGUCAACUGCACCGGUAACAAAUCGCACACUCCAUCGCAUCCCUGUGGCCCGUAUCUCAGGCCUUUGUGCAGUGACAUAUGUACUAUGUUCUCAGAAAAGCACGCCAACAAGUACGUCUCGUGGAUUGUCUUCUUGACUGAGUCUUUCUACGACUUGCUUAAGAAGCUGUUGGAGGACUGCGAGAAGACGUGCGGCGCAGAAGCUACGAGAUGCAAAAUUGGCAAAUGCAGUAAGGAGUGCGCAACGAAUAAGAAUCCGCUGCAACCAUCCUCGCAUCAUGGAGAUAAAUGUAAAUCAAUUGUGGAAUGUAAUUAUAUUCGUCCAACGUUUUACAAAUACGGAUUCAUACACCAGAGCGUCAGCAGCCUCAGUGGUGUUGCAGGAGAAGAAGGCAAGAGGACCUGCGCAGAUUUCUGCGCAAUUUUGAAGAUAGUGACAGAGGAAAAGAAGACACUGCAUAAAAUAGUGUUCGAGAAAAUUACAGGGUUCUUGUGGGCGAUUAGGGAGAAAUUCUUUUGGACACUCCUAGCACUCUGGUCACUCUCUUUGCUCUACCUGCUGCACAUCGCCGUCGUCCGCCUCGACGUCCUGAGGAUACGCUCCCACCUGAGAUCACCUUCAAGCCACCGCAUCGCCGCGCAGUCCCUCCUCGCCGCCGCACGCAUCAAGGCACUCGCCAACGUCAAGUACUUCUCACCAUAA